CUGGCCGAGGGGGCGGCGCGCUCGGUCCACGCGUCUGGGGCCCUGUGGGGCCGGGCCCGGAGUCGGCAUGAAUCGCUGCUGGGCGCUCUUCCUGUCUCUCUGCUGCUACCUGCGCCUGGUCAGCGCUGAGGGGGACCCCAUUCCCGAGGAGCUCUACGAGAUGCUGAGCGACCACUCCAUCCGCUCCUUCGAUGACCUCCAGCGCCUGCUGCACGGAGACUCCGUAGAGGAAGAUGGAGCCGAGCUGGACCUGAAUCUGACCCGGUCUCACUCUGGAGGCGAGCUGGAGAGCUUAUCCCGAGGGAGAAGGAGCCUAGAUCCCCUGGCGGCGGCCGAGCCGGCCAGGAUCGCCGAGUGCAAGACCCGCACGGAGGUGUUCAAGAUCUCCCGGAACCUCAUCGACCGCAGCAACGCCAACUACCUGGUGUGGCCGCCCUGCGUCGAGGUGCAGCGCUGCUCCGGCUGCUGCAACAGCAACCGGGUGCAGUGCCGGCCCACCCAGGUGCAGCUGCGGCCCGUCCAGGUGAAGAAGAUCGAGAUCGUGAGGAAGAUCCCGAUCAAUAAGCUGGUCACAGUGACCCUGGAGGACCAUCUGGCGUGCAGGUGUGAGACAGUGGCCGCGGCGCAACCCGUGACCCGAAAGCCGGCAGCCAGGAUGCCCCAGACUCGGGUGGCCAUCCGCACGGUGCGUGUCCGCGGGCCCCCCAAGGGGAAGCACAGGAAGUUCAAGCACACGCAAAACAAGAAGGCCCUGAAGGAGACCCUCGGAGCCUAGGGGCGUCGGCAGGAGAGUGUGGGCAGGGUUAUUUAAUAUGGUAUUUGCUGUAUCGCCCCCAUGGGGUCCUUGGAGUGAUAAUAUUGUUCCCCUCGUCCGUCUGUCUCGAUGCCUGAUUCGGACGGCCAAUGGUGCUUCCCCCACCUUUCCACGCGUCCAUCACCCCUCUGCAAGCGGGUCUCCCCUCAGUGGCCUCCAGCGUCUUGCCCGGAAGCUUGAGAAGGAAAUGAAGAACCUGGACUCCAUCGAAGCCUUCCUCUGCCCCUCCGACCCCGAGAAUCUGGGAUAAGAGUGCAAGAGAGACUGAUGGGGGAAGGGGCUCCUUCCCCGGCGCCUGCCCAGGGCACCCCGAGUGCAGUGCACCGGCUCGAGGAACCCUGCCUGUGGCCCUGCCACGUCUCCGCAGCAGCGCCUGCUCGGCCCCUGGCCCCCAGCCGGGUCCCAUGGGAACGCCCGCAGGCAGACUGGCCUGAGGGCCUCGGACUUCUGAGGCUGAGACUGGGCUGGGCACAGACUGGAUGGAGCAAACCCCGCCCACAGCGCCCAGGCCCAGUCGCUUCUCCCUCCUCACCUCCACUCACAGUGGCUUUCUUUCAUUUUACACACACGGCAUCUUGGAAGGUGUGGACUCCUCUGGGCAGGCCUGGCCCGAGUGCCGGGCAGCCAGGUGCCCUCUCAGACGCGUUAGAGAUGAAGUUUGCGCUGCAGGUGGGUGCAGACGGUGACCUGGGCACCCACUGCCUUCUCCCGCCCACCCCUCCUCCCCCUGCUUCCUCCUGUGUUACCUCUCUACCUCCACCCCUCCUCCUUCCCCCUGUCCUGGCCCUUCAGUCUGCUCCACCAAGGGGAGCACCCCUUAUCGAGGCUCCCGAUGAGCCCAGUGACUGCUCCCUGAGUCAGGAGACCAGGGGCCGGGGCUGCAGGGGACCGCCCGGUGUACCCCGGCCCAGCCCAGACUGCCCGAUCAGCUUGUGCAGGGCGCGCACUGCUCAGGGGCCCUGCAGGCUGUUCACACCAUCAGCACUGGCAGGUGGAGGUCACCUGUCUGAGGAAAGGGAUCUUUCUCCUACGUGGCACAGAGGCUCUGCGUCGAGGGCUGGCUGUGCCCCUGACCCAGCCCGUGGCUCGGAGGGCCGGACAGGAGCGAGCCCCGUGGUGGGGAGGAGGAGAUGACACGGCUCCCCUGGCCUCCACUUCCCCAGGUCCUCAGCUCCAGCAGUCUCCUUCCGGGCAGGCAUGA